GCACUAUCAACAGAGUCUGUUUGUGCUGCUCAAUCUUUUCUUUCUAAGCCCUUCGGCUUUAUCGGUCUCCCCUUCUUCUUGGACCCUACAGACCUCAUAGGACCCGGGGCCACAUCAUGUUUCCACGUGCACUGCCGCUGCUGCUGCUAUGUAUCUCCACAGGCUUGGCUGCUACGCUUAUACAGGCCUCUGCUGAUGCAGCUGCGGUGGAUUCUCCAGCUGACGGCUCUGUUUUACCUGAAGCUCAGGCUGGUGAAACCCCAGAUAACAACUUGAUGGCAGAUGCCCCUGUUGUGGGAAAACCUGCAGAGACCCAGAGCUCCACAGAAGAAUCUGAAGAUGAUUCAGACUGGGGCUUAGGUUCUAUCAGAGGGGGUUUCCAGGCAGUGAAUGGCUAUUUUGACUCUAUACUGGAGCUGAUGGGGGGUCGAGAUGGUGUAUGUCAGUACCGCUGUAGAUAUGGUAAAGCUCCUCAGCCUCGUACUGGAUAUCAAAUGCCGGAGCCUGAUGGUUGUAGCACCUCACUGCUUGGCUUCCAGGUACCGGACAGUUUUGAUAUUGGUGUCCCAGCCAUGACCAAAUGUUGUAACCAGCUAGACAUUUGCUAUGACACCUGUGGCUCUAACAAGUACCGCUGUGACACCAAAUUCCGCUGGUGCCUCCAUAGCAUCUGUGGUGACCUGAAGAAGAGUCUGGGUCUCAUGGCUAAAGUUGAAGCCUGUGAGACCUUUGCAGACACCAUGUAUAACACCGUGUGGACUUUGGGCUGCAGGCCCUUCAUGAACGGCCAGAGGGCAGCCUGCUAUUGUGAAGGAGACGAGAAGGAUGAGCUGUGAAGACCUACAAACCACAAAAACACACCACCUUCAACACAUAUAAACACUUUACAAGUUCAAACUACUCCACACUAGGGGUCAGUAUUAGAAUGAAUCUCAUUAAGACCCACCCUGGUCACAUUACACCACAAAAAUGAAAAGAACAAUUAGGCAGAUUUACUGUUUUUGGAUUCUCAUUUGUUUAUUAUAGUUAUUUUAUUUAUCAUUAUUAUUAUUAUUUUUAAUAAUUGUAAUUAUUAUCAGCAUACAUUAAGUGCUGUAUAUGACAGACAUACUACUGCAAUGUAAUGUGAUAUUUAUUUUAUUUGCAUUGCAGCAAAAGAGGUUUUUUUUUUUUUUUUUCAUAAUUGAAAUGAAAACUUUGCAGAAAUUAGGCUAAUCUUCCUAAAAAUGUCAUAAAGCAAGCAAAAAAAAAAAAAAAAUCAAACAAGCAAAUGUAUUGGUCCUAAAAUUGAAAUUUUUUGAAAGUGUAUAUUUUCAUCCAUAUUUUGGGGAGGAAAUAUUACCUUUACAUUUUCUUGACAAGUUUUGUGAGAUUCACCCACUAACCCUCGAACUGGUGCUAGUGGAUUAGUUUUAGUUAAGCAGAAACUAAAAAAGUUUAUGUUGUAUGUGUGAAAGUGUCUAUCCCACAAAUUUGCAGUGUGUGGUUGUAUGUAGGUUUGUUGUAUGGGAAGACAAUAUCCAAAAUAGUUUGUGACCACUUCAUAUGUCCACUUUGAUAAACAAUAUUAAUUUGCUUACAUUAAAAAAAAGAAAAGAAAAAAAAUUCCUACAGUAUCUGACAGUGUGUUAGUAUAGAGCUACUAGUUAAUUUAUUAUUAGGAACUUUGUUCCAAACUUAAGUUGUUUUGUUUAGAAAUAAUCAAAAUAUUAUGAUUGUUGAACCUCCACAGGGUAGUGAUAUUUGUGCAAAUAAUGUUUGAUUGUCUGAAUAUCAUGUUCUGAAAACUCAAAUGUUCACCUCAGCCAAGUAGUUUUAUUUGGUUUUUGUUUUAAAUGUAAUUAAAUGCAGAAUGGGUGUUAAACAGUAACACACAUGAAUGUGUAUUGCACUGAGAGAGACAAUAUGACUACAGACUGUGACAAAAAUCAUAUUAUUGGCUGUAUAAUCAUUUUAUUUUCCCCAGUAAAACAGUGCUGAACUUAUAUGCCAAUUAGCAUUCAAAACUGUAAAAUGCCACUCAGUUUCUUGUUCUAAGCUUUAGUGAAAUGCCUAGGCUUAUACUGUUAAUAGCACACACAAUACAUAACCUACAGUACAUGCAUGUACAUGGAAAGAAUAUUUUCUAGCGAGGAUUUACAGUGUGUAGUAAAAAUAAUGUCAGAUAUAGUGGAAGGAAGCAACUGAUGCAUAAAUGUAAGAUUUCUGCAGAUACUGUAUGCAGUAUGGAUGUGUUUAAAUACAGUAAAGUAGCCUGUAGAUGGCAUUGUGGGUAAGAGAUUUUUUUUUUUAG